AUGAAGUUCUCCACUGCCGUCCUUGCCCUCGCCGCCGGCGCCAACGCCUUCAAGAACGUCACCUACACCACCGAGGUCGUCACUGCCAUCACCACCUACUGCCCCGAGCCCACCACUGUCGAGUAUGGCGGCACCACCUACACCAUCACUGAGGCCACCACUCUGACCAUCACCGACUGCCCUUGCACUGUCAAGAAGCCUGUCACUACCAUCUCGUCAGUGAUCUGCCACGACUGCGCCCCUGUUUACCACAACAGCACCGUUGCCCCUGGCCCCACCACCACCCCCGUUGGCACCAUCGGCCAGCCCGCCCCCACCCAGCCUCCUCUCGCCACUGCUGGUGCCGGCAAGGCUGCUGCCCUUUCCGGCGGUGCCCUCGCUGGUGUCCUCGGCUUCGUUGCCCUUGCCCUCUAA